AUCACUAGCAAAUACGGAACUAUGCGGGCUGUAGACAGGUUUUAAACAGUGUUUGAAACCACUUUUGUAAACAUCAUAAAAUUGUUAUAAAUUUAUUAUUUCGUCAAGAUGAGCUCAUCAGGUAAUGAUGACAAUGAUAUCAGCGAGGAAAGGAAGAUUUUACCUCUCGGACUAAACUCAGAAGAACGCCCGAUUCCUUUGAAGUCUAUAAAGGUAGAUGUUCAGAUACUUGGCUAUGUAGCUGAAGUGACAUCCUUGCUGACCUACUUCAAUACAGAGGAGACCCCAGUUGAGGCGGUGUUUACAUUCCCUGUAGAUGAUGGCAGUGCAGUGUUUCAGUUUGAGGCUCACAUUGAUGGCCGUCAUAUUGUCGCUGAAAUCCAGGAACGUGAGCAGGCACAAUUGACUUAUGACGAUGCUGUUCAAAGUGGAAAAACAGCCUUGCUGCUAAAAGAAGACAGUUCUGCUGGGGACAUCUUCAGUUGUAUGCUGGGUAAUCUACCAGCUAAAACUGAGGCGUCAUUGGUGAUGAAAUAUGUGAUUGAAUUACCACAAGAACCUGAUGGUCAACUAAGAUUCACACUCCCUACUGUACUUAAUCCAAGAUACUCUCCAGAUCAGGGUGGAUUAGUUGCUGCUGAGGGUGCCACAUAUGUCCCACCAUCUAAAGUACCAUAUGAAUUUAGCUUGAUUGCUACAAUCAAAGGUUACCAUAAAGUAACCUCAGUCACCUCAGAAACAAUCUCAUUAAAUGUUCAUUUUGAGGAUAACAACAAGAUAGCAAUGGUUAGCCUUGGUGAAGAUUUCAAGUUUGAUCAUGAUCUUAGAUUUAUUGUGCAGUAUGAGUCACCUUAUUCUCCACAGAUUGUCCUUGAAGACGGAAAUCCUGAAGCUGAUGGUUUGUUAAAGGAGGACAUGUUAAUGAUCAGCUUUUAUCCAGACCUGAAAGAAGUUGCCAUGGCAACCAAUGGCGAAUAUAUCUUUGUUAUAGAUAGAUCAGGCAGUAUGCAUGGAGACCUGAUCGCAAAUGCAAAAGAAGCUCUUUUUCUCUUCCUGAAGAGUCUGCCAACUAACUGUUACUUCAACAUUAUCAGUUUUGGGUCUCAAUACAAAUCGCUGUUCUCAAGUGGCAGCAAAAAGUACACAGAGUCAAGUUUAAAUGAAGCAAUCAAAGUACAAAAAGAAAUGGAUGCUGAUAUGGGUGGUACAGAAAUUCUCAAACCUUUAGAACAGGUUUUCAAUAAAAAGCUUAUACCAGAACACCCAAGAAGGGUUUUUGUGCUAACUGAUGGGGGAGUAAGCAAUACAGAUAAGGUAAUUGGACUGGUCAGCAAAGAGUCCAAAAAAUCAAGUACAAGGUAGACUAAUUAG